UCAACACUGCUAACACGCAAAUUGAUGGAUUCACUGGGCAUAUCAACCCGUCAACGAACAAGGUGCAUCAGGUAUGUACAUUUUGCUUCUUGCAUCAGUUUUAUCCUGGCAGCGUUCGUGACCGCGGUGGUGCUGGCGACUGCUCUGGAUGUAAUCAAUCGACAAGAUCUCAUCCUCGUCGACCAAGCGCAGGCAGACGCAGAUGCUGCAGGGAGCCGCAUUCUGGCGCGAUUCCAGACACUGUCCUUGCUUCGGACUGCGCGUUCCACGUUCCGCAUGGAAGGCGGCGCUAGCGGCGGAAAAGGGGAAAGACUCGACAUCUUCAACGGUCUACGCGUCAUCGGCCUGGUCUGGGUGAUCACCAUUCACACGCACAUCUACAUGGACGAAGCGCUCAUGGACAAUAACGACGAAGUAUACGAAAUGUCGAGAACAUUGGCGCGGCAAUUCAUUGUUAACGCUACUAUGAGCGUUGCAAUUUUCACGACAAUCAGUGGAUUCAUGCAAUGGAUGACAGUUUCAAAGCGAUCAAACGAAGAGCAUGGCAAGGCUAGUUGCUUCGCGAUGGUACUUCACAGGUACCUCAGGUUGUUCCCGCUUGUGUGUCUGACGGCGUGCUUCCACCACUUAGUGCCAGUUUCGGGGUAUGGUCCCCUCUGGGCCACCUUCGGAGAACUGCGCAAACGGGCCUUUCCUGACCACUGGCCAUAUUACAUCACCGGAAUGCUCAACCUGCUCGAUUUUGAAAACAUAUGCAGUCCUCAGCACUGGUAUACAGCACUGGACUUUCAAGUUUUCAUGCUCAUGCUCUACUUCACACGGAGACUAAAAAGUCAGAACAAUUCUAGUCAAUGA